CUCCAGCGCAGAAAACUUCCCACACUGUGAUUGUACUGAUUAGUGGACGUUUCAUUUAUUUAAUGAGGUGUUGACACUGCGGACUGCGGGACGAAAGCUGAUGAGUUUGUGAGUGCUGGCUGGAGGAAGAAAACGUGAAAUAUCAGUUCCAUCCGUGUUCUAUCCUGACAGGUGAGCCAUGCCCUCUGUUUGUGGAAGUGCAUGCUUGGAAGAUGUUCCCACAGAUCUAACUCACACUGAAAAGUCUUCCAGUGCGGAUAGAGAUGCUCCAAGUGUGACCAGUGAUCACAGGUUAUCUGGAAGUGAGAGCAAGCUGAAGGACAGAGAAGGGACAGCAGAUCAGAGGGGCUGGAUCCGCCCUGAUUUGCCCAGCAGAUGUACCUGGAGGCUGGGAGCAGCGGUUUCAGAGUCACCUCACAGCCACCCAGCACACAUUAAGCCUCCCAGCAUCCUUCCCAACAUCCUGGGCAACAUUGGACACACACCUCUGGUUCGCUUGAACAGAAUCCCAAAGGAGUUUGGGCUCAAGUGUGAUAUGUUGGCCAAGUGUGAGUUCUUCAGUGCAGGAGGCAGCGUGAAGGACCGGGUCGCCCUGCGGAUGGUGGAGGACGCUGAGAGAGCUGGGAUCCUCAAACCGGGAGACACGAUCAUCGAGCCCACCUCUGGAAACACAGGCAUUGGCCUCGCCCUCACAGCUGCAGUAAAAGGUUACCGCUGCAUUAUUACCAUGCCUGAGAAGAUGAGCCCGGAGAAGGUGGAUGUGCUGAGAGCUCUUGGAGCAGAAAUUGUGCGCACACCUACAUCUGCAGCUUUUGAUUCUCCAGAGUCUCAUGUACGUGCUGCCUGGCGUCUGAAGAAUCAGAUCCCCAACUCGCACAUCCUCGACCAGUAUCGCAACGCCAGCAACCCCCUGGCUCACUACGACACCACGGCAGAGGAGAUACUGGAGCAGUGUGACGGUAAACUGGACAUGUUGGUGGCUGGAGCCGGUACAGGUGGUACACUCACAGGUGUUGCUCGAAAACUGAAAGAAAGAUGUCCUAAUGUCAAGAUAGUUGGUGUGGAUCCUGAGGGCUCUGUUCUUGCUGCCUCAAAAGAGAAGAAUGAGAAGACUUCGUCUGAAGUGGAGGGCAUUGGAUACGACUUCAUCCCCACCGUGCUGGACAAAUCUCUUGUGGACUUGUGGUACAAAUCAAGUGAUGUGGAAACGUUCACCAUGGCACGCAGACUGAUCAGAGAGGAGGGUCUCUUGUGUGGCGGAAGCUCCGGCUCUGUGAUGGCGGCAGCAGUGAAGACGGCUCAGCAGCUGGAGGAGGGGCAACGCUGUGUGGUCAUCCUGGCCGACUCCGUCCGAAACUACAUGUCAAAGUUCCUGAGUGAUCAGUGGAUGUGUGAGAAGGGCUUCCACAGCCUGGAGGAACCGGUCGACGUCAAACCAUGGUGGUGGGACCUGACUGUCCAGAGUCUACACCUGUCCGUCCCACUCACUGUGUCUCCGUCUGUGUCCUGCCAGACAACUGUUGAGAUCCUGAAGGAGAACAUGAUGGAUCAGGCUCCAGUCGUCACUGAGUCAGGUGCCAUCGUGGGGAUGGUGACUCUGGAAACUGUUUUAUCCUCUCUGUUGGCCGAUAAGGUGGAACUUUCAGAUGCUGUCAGCUUGGUGCUCUGUAAGGACUUCAGACAGGUGCAGCUGACAGACAGUCUGGGGAAACUGUCCCACAUCCUGGAAACUCAUAACGUUGCCCUGGUGGUUUAUGAUCGCACCCAAUAUGUGACUGAUGGUUCGGCUAUUCGGAGGCAGACGGUGUUUGGAGUCGUGACGGCGAUCGACCUCCUCGACUACAUCACCACACAAGAGCAUCGCUGGUCGUCUAAAUGCUCGCUGUCAGACAACGAGUCUCUGUGACUGUUUCCUACCGAGAGGCAGCACAUGAUCACCUGCAGUGUAGGCUACAUCACAAAGUCAAUUUUAAACAGUAAGAUAAUCCUUCAUUGCUCCCCAUGCCAGGGGAAAUUUACAUUAUUACAACAGAAACAAACAUAUGCAUAAAAACUGGGUUACUAUAUAAUUGAGGCACUUUUGAAUUCCAUGGGAUAUUUCUUGCAUGCAUUUUUAUUAAAAGUUAAACUACUGUCUUUUUAUGUUCAUUAUGAUUAUGUCUUUACAAAUUCCAUAAUUAUUAUGAAAACAAUCACGUAUUAAUAAAAAAAUGACUGGAUAACACUAAAAUGUCAACUAAAUUUUAAUUUAAUAACAACCACCUUCUAAUUAGCUAAACAAUAAUAAAAUGAGUUUAUUCAGCAAUUGUUCUGAUUCUGAUCUUUUUAUUAAGUUGAGAUAAUUAUGACAGAUAUUUCUUUUUUGGCAAUAUAUCAAAUUUUAUAUGGAGAAUAACAAAUUGUAUCUGUGUUCAAGAAAUCACUUUCCACUAAGUUCCCCAUUACAAAAACCCCUCUCUAGGAAGUGUGUUAAUUCCAGAUCACAUGACCUGCUCCACAUGAUGUCAUUUCCUCCUGAAGAAAAGACUGGCCAGACUCCAAGGCUUUCUGAGUUAUUUAAUAUAAAGUAGUCAACAGGUUUACUACAAUAUCUUUGUAAAUAACUUCACAUUUCAAUUUUACUCAACUGUAUAUAUAUUAUUUAGAAGAAUCUUUCUGUAAAAAUGCCAUGUGGUGUUUGGUUAUAGGUCUGAAAACAGCAAAAAUGUCAGCUAUGAUACAAAAAGUCCUGCAAUUACAUAUUGACCCAAUAAUAAUAAUAAUAAUAAGUACAUUAUGUACAAGGAUGCGAAUGAAAAUGAAUGGAUACAGUAUUAACACACUGUAGAUGAACAGCAAUAUAAAGUGGCUUGUAAAAUAAGAGUAAAAGUGCAAAAUGCAGCAGUUCAACAAGUGCUGUGCAAAUUUUAUUCUGGUUUGAGAUGAUGAUAUGACAUAAGUCCAGUUUAUGUUAACAUCAGACAGUGAUGCUGAUGUUCUACAGUCUUACAGCAGAUGAUAUGAAUGACCUCCUAUAAGUUUGUCAACAAAUCCUUUGACAACAACUUCUGUCACACUGCCAGUAAUCUUUAAUUCAUUUAAUAUUUGCCGUUUUAGGAAAUUUUUAACCAUUUCUUUUUUUAAAUUCUCAUUUUUAACAAUGUAAACACCUUUUGUUGAUGAUGUUGUGUCAUGAACUUUAUUGACAGUAAGAACAAAAUUGAAAAACAUAUUCAUAAAAGAGUUAAUCUGUCCAAUAUCACUCUAUGUAAUUUAAUGAUUGUGAUUGAUAACUCACAUGUGUUUAACACUGUAUUUAGCUUGUAGCUCUACAUGUUGAAUAAUGUCUUAAAUUCCAUUUACUGACUCUUUCUGAUUGGAUUUUAGUAUCAGAUGUAGACAUUCUUCUGGAGCUUUCUCAGGUCUUCCUCUGUGACUCUGAGUCUUUCUAGGUUAAGGCAGUGACUAGUCGGAUGUCUGUAUGUAAUUUCAGACAACCUGAGCUUCAUACUUAGCCUGAACAAAGAGAAUGAAUGAACCAUCGCUGUCAGAACAAAUGAAGGCUGUGAAUUGUGGAUGAAAACAGUCUCUUUCUUAAGGAACAGUGAUAAAGUGAAAGUCCAUCUCUUUGAGUUUAUAAAAUAUAUAUCAAAAAACACCAUGUGGACAUUUACUGAGAUAAAAAUAUUGAUUUUCACCAGAGGGGGUCUUUAAUAUUUACAAGGCUUAGCGCUCUCUGGCAGGUCAGGUAAAAUACACAAACAAGUCUUCUAACUGAAAAUUUGCUGCUUUACAGCUGUGGCCUCGUCUCGUCUCUCUGUAGAUGUUCAGCAGCUUGUUAUGUUUUGUGAAUUUGCUGGAAUCGUUUUGACUCAAUAUUUUAGGCUGCAGGUGCCUUUGAUGAUGUUCUACUGCUCAGUAAAGGCAGGUAGAUAAAAGCCUCCAUCUAGUGGCUGAAAAUAUCAGAUCAGGCAACGGCUCUAUGGUCUAUUAGAUGCCACAAUCUUCUUUGGUCUACAAUUGUUGCAGAAAAAUAAACUGAAAAGUCUGUUUUA